UCAGCAGUGCUCGACUGUUUAUCAAGUGGUACUUUGUUCACUCUCGUUAAUUGCUAAUUGCACAUAAAUGUCCGUGGACAAAGGUGACGGGAGAAAAAGAUUUCUUAACAAUGCUUCAGUCAUGCAGUCUCGCGUCCUCUAAUGUCUUAAGCGCCUCGCUUUCGUAUCUCUAAUUGUCGGGAUCGCAAGAACUCGUCGCCACGAGUGUCAGGGACAAUGGAGCCCGGCGCGAAAUUAAAUUUCCCUGCUUUCUCCGAAACCCCCGUAGCAAGAUGUGAUAAUCCUUUUCCCCACCCUCGCGAGGCAAAUCGUAACACGGCAUCUUCGCAAAGACGGAGUAUUUAAUUCGAGAAGGCAGCGCUGCUCGCGCUAGUGAACGGAGGUAGAGACGCCGAUAUUAGCCGCGCGCGGUGUGGAGAUCCCGAAAGCUCGAUUUUUCCUCCCGCAAAUGCCUUGAAGGCAAUCCUUGUUUUAUCUUCUUUUGUUUUUACACUCGUCAGAGAUCUGGGAGCUUAUAUGAAUAUCUUUUGUAUCGAUAAGCAUGAUUUGGGUCCACUUAAUCACACUUUUUUGUGAACUUUGCGUGCUUUGCAAUGCGCAAGUCGAGGGAUGGACCGGAUUCGACAGGGGAUGGAAAAGGUCGCCGGAAGGGAAGAAAUUCUGGAGAUUCGGAGAAAGAGGGCUCGAUCGGCGAAGGGAUCAAGUUAUUUCGGAGCAAAGUCAAGGUGGACGUCAUGGUGCGAGUUUUGGAAACGGCGGUCAAGAGGCUGGCGACAGAGGAAGGAGAUUCCUGUCGCUGUUCACUUUGGUGAAAUUCGAGAAUAAUCUCUGCGGUGGACCGACCGGGGAAAAUGGAAUCUGCGUCUCGGCUGCGGAAUGUUCUCAGAGAAAAGGAUCGGCUAGUGGAACUUGCGCCAAUGGUUAUGGAGUGUGUUGCGUCGUUACUGUUACGUGCGGACAAUCCACCAGCGACAAUAAUACAUACUUUGUUAAUACAAAUCACCCAUCGCCUACCGAGACGUCGGAGUCGUGCCAAUUGACCCUGAUCAAGUCCCACCCGGAUGUCUGUCAAUUCAGGCUGGAUUUUAUCCAGAUGAGCAUAAGAGGGCCGGAAACGACGAAUCACAUGUGCACCUAUGAUCAAUUCAUUGUCUCAGGAGCCAAUCCCAUCCCUCCGAUUUGCGGCAACAAUGACGGGAAUCACAUGUAUGUCAAUGCUGGGACCGGGCAAAGCAACCCAGUAACGUUAACAUUCGUCACCAGCGGCAGCAAUUAUUCUCGAUUUUGGAAAAUUCGGGUGUCGCAAAUCCCUUGCAGCACGAUUUACAGAGCCGAGGAAGGCUGCCUUCAAUAUUACACCGGAGUUUCUGGAGAAAUAAAGUCAUUCAAUUACGACGACAACAAUGGUCUUCAGCUGUCAAACCAGGAUUACAGUAUUUGUAUCAGGACAGAGAACAAUUUUUGUGGGAUACAAUACAUGGCGUGUUCUCGACCAAUGCAACCUGGGGCCAUGGCAACUCCUGGAAGUCAAUCAAUGGCAACUCGUAUCAGUACAUUUACGUUAUCUGGAAACACAAUGACCCAACAAGUACCUUCAAUGACAGGGACUGCAUGCCAGGCAGAUUGGCUGAUGAUCCCUUGCGCAUCCAAUUUGGGUAGAUUAUCUACAGCACCCAUGACGUGCGUAGACCGCAUUUGUGGAGGAGCUUUUAAUGCUGAAAACCAGAAUAUUAAUUCUUCGACUGUCAUAAGUACAAUCAAGCCCUUCAGACUGGUUCUCCACACCGACAAUGUCGAAGCUCCGAGCGAUAUUGGGAAUAGAGGCUUUUGCCUCAACUAUAUCCAACAACCAUGCACGUCGCGGAUAUCGUAAUAGUUUUAGAACAAAUUGUAAUUCUUACCUGGACGGGAUAUAACAUCGAUGCCAAGUAUGUUGAUUUUAAGUCGGGGAAGAAACGAAAUGGAAUGCCUUUACACGAGGCUAAUAUUUGCUGCAUUAAGUGUUUUACGUGGCGAAAUAAAUCCUGCGACAAAUUU